AUGGACAAAAUCCAAGUCGGAUUUAAUGACCUUAUUAUUUGUGAUGACUCUUCUCUAGAAGUUCUUGUGGUCAAAAGCAAUCUGAAUCCAAAUGCAAAGGAGUUUGUUCCCGGGCAAAAGGGACUUGACUGCUCCACGCAAGUCAGCAACGUCAGCACAGUCACUGUGUUUGUCCUCCUCCGUCUAUCGAGCAGGCCCCAGACCCAGGCUCUGCUGUUCAUGCUCCCCUUGGAGAUUUACCUCUUGACCCUCGUGGGGAACCUGCUGAUGCUGCUGGUGAUUAGCGCCAAUCCCCAUCUGCACACCCCCAUGUACUUCUUCCUGGGACACCUCUCCUUCCUGGAUGUUUUCUAUUCCUCAGUCAUUGUGCCCAAACUGCUGGAGAACCUUUUCUCUAAGUGGAAGAUGGUAUCCUUCCUUGAGGGUUUCGCCCAGAUCUCACUUUCCGGGUCCACGGAAGCCUGCCUCCUCUCUGUCAUGGCCUAUGACCGUUUUCAGGCUGUGUGCCACCCCCUGUUAUAUGUGGUGGCCAUGAACAGGAAGGUAUGUGCUGGCCUGGUGGGGGCCUCCUGGAUCGUAGGAAUAGCGGCUGGUCUAAUUAACACCCUCCUCCUGGCUCAGCAGCACUUCUGCGGCCCCAACCUCGUCCGCAGUUUUGCCUGCGAGCUUCCUCCAGUGCUCUUGCUGGCCUCCAUGCUGACCACCAUGGUGGUCCUGGGCCUCAGCACCGUCGUCCUGUCACUGGGGUCCUACAGUCACAUCAUCAUGGCAGCCUUGAGGGUCAAUUCCACCGCAGGUCGGAGCAAGAUCUUCUCCACCUGCUCUUCGCAUUUCCUGGGACUUGUCAUCUUCUAUGGUUCACGAUUCUCCAGGUACAUGACUCCAGCAUCUGGCUCAGCCCUGGAGCACGUGCUGUCUGUGCAGUACAGCGUGGUGACCCCAAUGCUAAACCCCCUCAUCUACAGUCUGAAGAACCAGGAGGUGAAGGCCGCUCUGAAGAGGAUGCUGACCAGGAAGUUCAGGCUGACCUUCUAA